CGGCAACACCCGAGACUGUCUGUCCUACAGGGUCAGGUGGUCUUGGCGGUGUGUCAGCAGUACGUUGCCAUCGGCGACCACGUGGUGACUCUGGGAGACGGAGACGAGGUUGCCGUGGUGCCGCCGCUCAGCGGAGGAUAAACACUGCAGAUGGAGUCGGAGGAGCAGAGAGACGUCUUCAGGCUGAGCCGUGAUUGGCUCUCCGUACAGGAAGUGGUGGACGCCGUCAGCAGCUCUUCCUGUGGAGCCAUUUCACUUUUUAUAGGUACGACCCGCGAGGACGAGGUGGACGGCAGGAAGGUGAUUGGUCUGGAGUACGAGGCGUACGAGCUCAUGGCCCAAUCAGAGUUCACCAAGCUGUGUGAUGACAUCAGAGGGCGCUGGCCGACCGUGACGCGCAUCUGUGUCCACCACCGGCUGGGGUGGGUGGAGGUGGGUCAGGCCAGUGUUGCCAUGGCGAUCUCGUCUCCCCAUCGCCACGACAGCCAGCAGGCGAUCCAGCACUGCAUCGAGCAGCUGAAGGCCAACGUCCCCAUCUGGAAGAAGGAAGUUUACGACACACAGGAUUCGAGCUGGAAGGAGAACGCCGAGUGCUCGUGGGCCGCUCGCAAUGAACUUCAUCCGGUCACACCACCCACUGACAAAGUGUAGAUUGUUAAUAAAAGUUAUUGAUUGAU